AUGUCUGCUCCAGCAGCGCCUGCAGACGUAGGCACGUCUUCAGACGAAGAUGAACAAAGUCAAGCGCAAGACGAGGGUUUCUUCCAAAAACUUGCAGACAUUGCUGAGCAACCGUUGACGACGCUCACAAAGGUCCUUCUCGGCGUCUGUUUAUUCCUUUUGCUCUUACUUUCGGUGUUCGUUGGUCUAUUCGCUGGAGCUCAGCACAAGAUCAACCACAAGCCGAGUCCUGCCCCGCCGUCGGUCACACCUACCACAGUCCUAACCACGGUCACUGAGACACUCGUCAGUACUAAGACGAGCAUCUUUACCACAACUGUAGCCUUGCCUGCACCAACGGGCGAACCUACUGCGGAUGUUUGCACAUCUUCGGAUUGCAUUAUUCUGUCAGCCUCAAUACUGUCAUCUAUCGACACAUCUUUCGACCCCUGUGAAGACUUCUAUCUUUAUACAAACAAUGGUUGGUUGAAGUCGCAUCCUAUUCCCUCUGAUAAAGGCUCGUUUGGAAACUUUGAAGACGUUCAACUUCAAAACGAAGCUAUCAUUCGGGAAAUUCUGGAAGCACCUUCUCCAAAGGACCUUGACCUUUACGAUAGAAAGUCUCUGCAAAAGGUCAAGGCUCUCUACGGUGAAUGCUUGGCCGAGGAUAAGCUUGACAAAGUUGGCAUGGCCCCAUUGCUGGAUACUAUUCGUGUUGUCCGAGGUCUCUACAACGGAAGCACCAGCAUAGAUCCACAUUUUGCAACGCAACAAGAUGGAACUCAACGUUCGUUUGCUACCGAAGCCACACCAAAGGGACUCACGGCUGCCCUUGCUUAUCUUCAUUCGAGAGGCGUCGGUGCGCUCUUCGGGUUCGAUAUUGACGGAGAUAUUGGAGUCGAUCCUGAUAAAAUGACUCUCUGGUUCUGGCAACCAGAACUGGGAUUACCAUCCAAGGAAUACUACGAAGAGCCUGAAAUCAGCAAAGUCUACGAGGCUGCCAUUGAAAAACUUCUCUUUACAGUAUUUGAAGAGGAGAAAGCUGUACAGUCGAAGCAAUUCUGGCCGCCCUUCCCUUGGCCUCAACCUCCAAAAGGUGGUGACGAUGAUGAAAAACCUGAGAAUAGCACGGUACGCGCCAAACGUUUGGCAAAGUCCGUCUUCAAGUUUGAGCAAGCGAUUGCCAGGGCAAGCCAGGACUUGGAUGAGCUAUAUGAUCCAAUUGGGAGCUAUAAUCCGGUCCCUUUCUCGAAUCUGACAGAGGGACUGCCGCAAAUUCAAUUCGACAACUAUCUUACGGCUUUUGCACCGCGUUCGUUCCCUUCGCGUGUGAUAGUCACUUAUCCUGCGUACAUUACCAGUCUAUCAGCAAUUUUAGACGAUGCGAAAAAGGAAGACGUCGAGGCAUACCUCAUCGCUCGCACCAUCUUGUCGUUGGCACCUCUUCUGGGCCAAGAUACGUACAUAUGGAAGGUAGUACGGGAGCUGAGAGAAGUGCUUGGUGGUCUUAAGAAAGGAGCAUUACCGGAUCGUUCCGAGUACUGUGCCAAGGUCGUUAGCGAAGUCCUGGGAUAUGCAACUGGACGCUUCUUCGUUCACGAGGCGUUUGGCGGCGAAUCAAAGAAGAAAGCCAGCAACGUUAUUACAAAUGUCAUUGAGGCAUUCAAGACUUCACUUCCACACCUCAGCUGGAUGGACAAGAAUUCAUCAACCGCGGCAGCGGAGAAGGCAAUUGGUUAUCCAUUAUGGCCGAACACGGAAUCCUCCUUCCAGAUUUACAACUUCUAUAAAGCAUUGGAUCCAUCCGCUAACGGCUAUUUCGCGACAGUCCUUGCUCAAGAGACUUGGGAUCAAAUCAGAAAGUGGCAAAAGCUCGGCCGCGCUCGUAACCAUAUGGAGUGGGAGAUGUUUGCAUCAACUGUCAACGCGUAUUACAAUCCACCGGCUCAGGAAAUAGUCUUCCCUGCCGGUAUUAUGAGACCGCCGUGGUUCAGCGUCAAUUGGCCAGGAUAUCUCAACUAUGGAGGAAUGGGUGCAAUUGCCGCUCAUGAACUUUGCCAUGCCUUUGACUCUGCAGGAAGAAUGUACAACCAACACGGGAAACUAGAAGAAUGGUGGACCAAUACAACCAGCCAAAACUUCGACAAGAUCCAAAAGUGCAUCUCAAAGCAGUAUUCAGAAUACACAAUCGACGAUGGCAAAGGAAACAAGGUCCAUGUUAACGGGGAACUAACCUCUGGCGAAAAUAUCGCCGACCAAGGUCUCAUCAACUCUUAUCGAGCAUGGAAGGCAAACUACAACUCGUCAUAUGAGCAAGGCUCCGAGUACCUUCUCCCUGGCUUGAACUACACUAGGGAACAACUCUUCUUCAUCUCUUUUGGCCGCACUUGGGCUCGAAACAUGCGGCCUGCGUCAGCCGUUCAGCGAAUACGCACUGACCCGCACUCUCCAACCCAGUUCCGCGUAGAUGGGACCCUAUCCGACAUCCCGGAGUUUGCCCAGGCGUUUAACUGCUCCACCGGCUCAAAGUUGAACCCUCCAAAGGAGAAGCAAUGUAGGCUAUGGUCAUAG